UGUGGCUUCAUGCCUGCACCGUCCAGUGGCACACACCACACACCGCCGCGGUCAUGGGCGAAAAUGACGAAAGCGAAAUAAUCGAGCACCACGAUGACGAGGAAAUGGAGAAGAGACGGACACCGAGGAAUCAGUCGAAUUCCUUUCUGGAGAGCUUGUCGUCGUCGGAGAAGGAGGGACACAGCAGCACGCAGUCCUCACACCGCCUGCUCGCCUACAGUGAUGCGCUCAUCUCCAUCAUCGCCACUGUCAUGAUACUGCCUGUUGCACAUACUAAAUUUCAGGAUAAUGAGGAACUGAAACAGAGUAUUCAGGCUUUGCUCACCACCAAGGUUGCUGUCUACUUGAUGACAUUUUUGAUUGUCACUGUUGCUUGGGCUGCACAUAUCCGGUUGUUUCAAGUCAUUGAACGCAUUGAUGACACACUUGCGCUGCUUAACCUGGCAUGUAUGAUGCUUAUAACCUUUCUACCAUACACAUUCUCUCUCAUGGCAACGUUCCCUAAUUAUAUUCUUGGCAUCCUCCUCUUCUGUGGUUGUGUCAUGGUGAUCGGUUUAAUUCAGUGCUUGAUUGUCUUGUAUGGAUUCAGCCGUCCUUUCCUCCUCAAUGACCAGAUCCAAAUGUCUGAAAAUCAGGCUUAUUACAAGCAGCACAUCCUCAAAGUCAUCAUGAAGGUUCCUAUCAUGUGCCUGUUUGCCAGCAUUUUUUCAGUUAUCUUCUUCCAAUUGUCCUAUGUCAUUUUGGCUAUUGUCAUAUUCCUGCCCUACAUCUCUGAGUGUUUAAAAUGGAUCCGGAAUAAAACCAUUGGUGGUCAGGUGGAAGACAGUCCAGAUUCAAUGCUCUUCUACACGUAUCAGCCCAGUGAACCUUUGAGUAAAGAGCGAGUGGAGUCGUUCAGCGACGGGGUGUAUGCAAUCGUAGCCACACUGCUCAUCUUAGACAUUUGUGAAGGCAACGUGCCUGAUCCGUCUGUGGUGAAGAAGCAGUUUAACAACAGCCUCAUUGCUGCGCUUCAGGAGUACGGCCCCGAGUACCUGGCCUACUUCGGUUCCUACGUCACCGUCGGGCUGCUUUGGUUCGUUCAUCACUCUCUCUUCCUGCACGUGACCAAGGCCACGCGCCUCAUGGGCCUCUUCAACACGUUCUCCCUGGCCUUUGUGGGUGGCCUGCCCCUCGCCUACCAGCUCACGCACGAGUUUCCCAGAGGCUCCCGCAAUGAGCUGGAGGCCGUGCAGAUCAGCUGCGUCAUCAUCUUCUUCGCAGGUCUGUUCCAGCUAGCGAUGUGGGUGGUGGCGCUUUUCACGGAGCGUGAGACGUUGCACCCGUACGUGCGCUACGGCGGUCGAGACCACACCUUUAUGCUGGCCAAGCUCUCGCUCUACCCCUGCGUGGCGCUCGGGACCUUCUUCCUCACCUGCAUCCUGAGCCGCUUCAGCGCGCCCAUCUUUCACAUGAUGGAGAUAGGUGUACCGUUCGCUUUUCUGUUACUAAGGCUUCUGGUCCGUGUGGCGCUGGCGCUGCUCAGAUGGCUCUUCUGUUCUGCAAGGAAUGAUUUGGACAGCGUUCCAGUAGAGGAAGAGGACUUACGGUUGCCUAUUACUGAUGUAUUGACUUAGCAGUGAACGGAGAAGAAGAAAACACCUCGAUGCUUGACAUAAGAUCAAGGCUAGGCUAGCUUUCCAGUGUCAUUGUUUAUAAGUAAU